AUGUUUCUGGCUCCGAAUCCUGUAGUUUGGUUGCGUAGGAAGGGAACGUAUACGCUUCAUGAGACAUACUGUAGCCUAACAUCAGGUCGUCAUAGGGCUGACAGCAAGCGAGACCCUUUUCUGUACGUAGAGGUAAGUGGCGACGGCGACGACGUUUGGCGACUACAGAAUGUUUUCGAACUGCUGAGAGAUCCUUCCAGAGGAGUAGUAGGCAUUUUACCAACCGACACAUCGUAUGCGUUUGUUUGUAACUUGCACUCGAGAACUGGCGUGGAGAGAAUUUACUCGCUGAAGAAGACGCCUCCGAGCGUUCGCAAGCCACUGUCUUUGCUCUGUCGAAAUCACGCAGCUAUUCAGCGAUACGCGCUUGUGCUCGACAAGCGUACCUUCAAAGUUCUCAAGGCGCUGCUUCCUGGUCCGUACACGUUUAUUUUACCGGCGACUCAUGAGGUACCUCGCGUCAUGAUCGAAAACCGGGUCCAUAGGAAAAUGUGGAAACGGCGGGAGAUAGGUGUUCGAUGGCCCCGUGAUCCAUAUUGCCAGGCUGCCAUGGAUGCUCUCGAUGGUGUCGCGCUCCUAGCAAGCUCUGUUCCAGACGAUGAAGUAGAGGAGGACGGUGUAGAUAGGGAUUAUUUGCGAAUGCUGGAGCACUGGGAACACGAAGUGGACUUUAUGAUCAACGCAGGCGCUCGAACGAUCGGAUUGAAAUCCACCGUUGUGGAUGUAACGCGAGGCUGGCGUGUCUUACGAGAAGGCCUAGGGUACGAGGAACUGCGGCAAGUUCUUGGGCGCGAACUGGGCGCGGAAAUUCUCAUGGAUGCACCAGAGGAUCGACCACCGAUUCCAGAGUAG